GAAUCUCUCAGCAGGAUUGAAAGAAGAAGCCGUUAGACCACUUAAAACUAUAGUUGAGUGUCAGUACAAAACAAAGAAACUGGUAGAAACUAUGGUGGAGAAAAGUUUGAAACAUCUGUCAGAAAAACGAAUUGAGGAAGCAAAGAAGAAAAAAAAACAUUAUAUUAGUGCUAGAGAAAAUGAGAGAAUACAGAAUCAAACACUUGACUUUAAGGUUGUUCAAGGAAGAGAUAUCAUGAGGUUCGAAAAUAAGAAAAAGAAAUUGGUAGAAGUUUCUGUUAAAGGUGAAGUGGACUAUUACAAUAUUUCUGUGGAUGCAGAAAGAACACGACUACAAUUGGUAACAGCAACAAACCGAGCAGCCAACCACUUUCAACAUCUAGAAGAGGAAAGAUUAGCUCAUCUAAAGGAAGUGGCUAAAACAUAUUCCACUCACAUCACUAUUCUGGGCCCUAGGAUGGUUGAGUUUUCAGAGAGACUAAAAGCUUCAUUGUCAUGUAUCUGCAUUCCAGAAGACAUCAAUUUAACCGGGAAGCUAAAGGAAUCUAGAUCCAGUGUUCCAGAAACAACAGUUCCACAGUUUUAUGCUGAAGAUUUUGACAACUCAAUGAAGCAGGAAAGGAGACACGAGUCAUUAAAUAGAAUAUUAAACCUAUUACAGCAAGACUUGGAACUUGAAAGAAAAGGAAAACAAAGACUAGAAGAGUUGGUCAAAGUUUCUCAUGAAGACGAGGCAAGAUUUGAUGCUUUUCCAACUCUUGAAAUGUUUUUGGAAACCACUCGGAGAAAAAUUCUAUGUGUUUUAGCUGACCUUGAUGCAGUGGCUCAACAUAGUACUCCUCAAUCUCUUGUAAUUGAUAAAUAUAAACACAAACAGGAUGCAACAACCAUUCUGAAAGUCCCAGAAUGGAUAAGAGUGGAACAAACAAGUUCAUCCAGUAGUUGGUCAUCUAAUAAUAGUACAUCUGAGUUUUAUCGUGGUCUAGCUGAUGGUGUAUCUGACACACACGAACAGAUGGAAGAUUCUUCAUCAGUGUUCAGUUCAAAUGAACCCCUAUCUGAUGAAUUAUGCCAAUCUCAUUCUGAAACUGUCCAACACUGCCAAGCUAUAUACACAUACCUCGCAAAUCUAAGUGAUGAAUUGACAAUACAUCCAGGUGAUGUAAUAUCUGUAAAAUGGAAGAAUGAUGAUGGUUGGUGGGAAGGUGAACUUAAUGGUAGUGUUGGACUGUUUCCUUCUACAUACGUUCAAGAAAUUUAAUUUCCUAUAGUUGCUGUCAUAUAAAGUGUUAACGAUCAAUAUCAGUUUAAUUUUGUAUGCUGAAAAGCCUUUACACUAGCUUGUUACAAAAUAAGAUGCAAUAGCAAUAUGCAUUUCGCAGUUCAAAAGUUACUUUUGUUUUAGGUAUAUAAAGUUUAACUAUAUAAUAAUCUUAUAUAUAUAUAUACAUGUAACAAAUACAGAUGUUUCUGUAUUUAUACAAACUUCUUCUCUGGUUCGUUAAAUAACUAAAACUGUUUAAGUUACCUUAGAUAAGAAUUACAAGUUAAUAUGUUUGAGUACCAUAUGUAUACAAACACACAUCAAACUUGAAGAGUUAGAUCAUUGAAAUAGAUUUUUUUUCUCUAAUUUUUAUAUAAUGAAAA